AUGGGAGGCUUUUGCCCAAGUUAAAAUAUCAAAGUCCUUCCAUCGCCUGUAAUUCAAGAAGAGAUAAUUGUGGACCCUCAAAUAGAAAUUAUAACUUUCAUUAAUUAAGAAAACAACUACAAACUUAAAUUAACCCAUAAUUUCUCUCUAGAGAAUCCAAGCUUAUAAACGUGUGAUGAAGUAAUCUUAGAAAUCCUCUCCAUAUCAAUUUCCUUCAUGGUUAAGGAUUUUUCUGAAUAAUCAAACUUUCUUAAAAUGCAAAUAUAAAAACAAGUCUAAGACUUAAUGGAUCAAAAAAUCGAUUUCCAAGAAGAUCUUCUACAAAUGCUUAUCAAUUAUUACGAUUUCCUAAGCUAUGUCUAGGAAAAUGGUGCUACAAAAGUAAUAUCUUGGUGGAAGGAUCCUAUCAGCGUUGUUGACGUAGAAUAAGCAAUAAAACAUUGGUCUCAAGAAUUUAUUAAAUACGGAGGCAAAUUGAGAAGAGAAAGAGCUUUCAAAAAAUUACAUUAAGAUCCAAAACCUCCUGAACGCUUUGUGAAAACAAGGGAAUGGAUCAAAAAACAAUAAGAGGGAUAGGAGGAGGAGAUAAAACCAAAAAGGGAAUCACUUGCAACUACUAGUAAGCUUGAAGAAGGGUUUGAAGAAUCAUGA